GACAGUGAACUCGUCUUGUGUGUGUGCUCCGCCAGUGCUGUGAUUGCGACUGUAAUGUACUGAUUGUACCCUCAUAACAUAAGUGAAUUUUAAGCUUUUUAAAUAUGUGAGUUAAAUUAGAACUGAAACCUGUAUUUCGUGUAUGAAGAGCAUAAGAGAGAAAGGUGCCCAUGUAGAAGUUUUAAUUUAAUCACUCAUUUUUAAUUUUCAAUAAACUGAGCUGGGCUGGAAACCAUAAAAUUUUGUUGACUUGAUAAAUUGUUAGUGGUGGAUAAAUUGUUGACUUGAUAAAUUGUUGUUAGUGAUUGUCUUGAGUUAUUAUUUGCACUAUUUAACUGAAUAUGUUCGAGACGGAGCGAGAUGAGAGUAAAGUAAGACAUGAACUGAACAUGUACCAGAGCACUGCAGCACAAUAUUUCGACCCUACCUACCAAGCCCACGCCAUGCAUAGACACGCAUACUCUUCUUACUACAGCCCCGGCGACCAAUACUUUUCCUCCAUUCCCAACCUACCACGCAGUGAGAAUUCACCUCCGUUAUCAGUAACCUCUCAAACCCCGUCAACUUCAUCGCCUGCAACAUCGGCACACACUUCUUCCCCGGUGGUGCUGGGACACAGAGCUCUGCCGACACCUCCACAUCUCUCCCCUGACACGUCGCCGGCCAUGCCCGCCACUUCCCGAUCCAGAUCCGAACACCCAGGACACUUCGGGUACCCUGGACAAGGUAUAAAUUCUGCAACUUUGCCAGCUUCUGGGCAUGAAUUCAUGGCAAACAGUGUGGCAGCAUCACUGUAUCCCACAAACCAUCAUCACCAUCAUCCAGGGAUAUACGGAUUAGGACCAAGAGAUGGUUUGCCCAACCUCCCUUCAUCCGUCCAGCAACAGGGGUUGGACGUCCAGAGAACUCCAGUUCGACAAGAUUAUCACUGGAUGAAGAAAGAACCGUCUUCUGCUGUGUCCAGCUCCAGUCGCAGUCGUGGCGGGGAAGGCCGGACUCGAACCCGCGACAAGUACCGGGUUGUGUACAGCGAGCACCAGCGCCUGGAGCUGGAGAAGGAGUAUAACUUCAACAGAUACAUCACCAUCAAGCGCAAGACGGAGCUCGCCGAGACGCUCUCACUAUCCGAACGACAGAUCAAGAUCUGGUUCCAGAACCGUCGAGCCAAAGACCGCAAGAAUACCAACAAGAAGAAGGCCUCUCCGAGCUCCAAAGAAAUGCCAUGUGGGGGGCAAAUGACCAGCGGGGCAGCGCCCCCUAACCAGCACAGCAUCCUGGGCACCCGCCUGGCCCAGGGCAGUGCCCUGCCACAGGCGCCCGGUAACACGAUAGACCCUCCGUCAGGUUACCUGAUACCCGAGACCUCGACACGGAUGUUGCCAAGCGAAGAGUUCCAGAGCCAAAUGGGGCUAAUGGAUGGUCAGCAGAAUACUGCGCCUCACGAACAUAUGUCGCCUGAAGCUCUUCAGUUAGUGCAUUUACAUCAACACCAACAGCAACAUCAACAGUUCUCGGGACAACAUCAAUCCCCAAACGGAUACCCCAUUCCUCCUCCGGAGUAUUCCUCACCUUCUUUCAUGCACGGGCAACCUCCAUUCCUUCCCCCAGGUUCAAUUUUUCAUCCCGAUGAUUUCCGCUUCAAUCAAAUGAAUAACUUUUCUUAUUUUGAUGCAAUUCACAAUCAUCAUCAAGCAGCCCAAAUGUACCAACAACAACAAAUGCACCUGCAUCAUCCUCACCAGCAGCAACUGCAUCACCAGCAACAUCAGCAGCACCAUCAGCAACAAACAGAAAUUGCUUCGGUUGGUGGAAUACAUGCCUUGUCUUUAUCGGAGGAUUCAUUAAACUCUGCCAUGAUUCCAACAUCGGUCACGUCAUUAGAACAUCCUAAGACGGAAAUGAGUCCUACUGUCAAGGCCGAGAAUUCACCGUAACAAGUUCUCAUCUAGAAGAAUAAUAUUUUAAAAUUCUAAUUUUCCCUUCCAACUAUAACUAGAAGCAUGUAAAAUUUGGGUAAUCAAAUUUAGCGAAACGAUCUCCUCACUAUAAGAAGAUAUGAUUCGCUGUGACAGAUAUUUUUCACAAUUUUCAAUCCGGGAGUAACGCUAGGGUACCGAACUUUAUCUUCAUGAAUGGCAGAAUGCAGUUAGAUAUGAAAAUCCAAUUGAAAAGAAACUGGCAGAUCAAUUAUCAAAUUAUUGUGCUGCAAUACCUGUAAAAAAUUUAUCUCCAUUUUUUUAGUAACAAAUCAUCAUAUACAAUUCUUUCAACUGUGUUAUUAUCAUGAGUUUGAAUGGCCCUGAGCAGUCACCAGUUACUGUUUAUAAAGUCUAGGGUCUGGUUUAAAAAUUGUGUAGUUUGCUGUAGUUAUCAUGUUAGGGAGUUAAUUUGAAAUUAGAUAUGAUUUGUUGCAAACCAGUUUACCUCUCACACUGUUUGUCAAGUUGAAAAUUUCAUUUCAACAAGUAAUAUCGAGAAAAAUUAUUGAAUUAACAGAAGUACAGAUGAAUGGAGGGUAAAACGCUCUCCUAUUCUUAGAACUAUAACGAUGCUCUGUGUUGGUGGUGAAGUGUAAAUUUUGCUCUGCCCAUUAAAUAAUUUUUAUUUCAAUUUUGAAUGAAAAUUUCUGUUUCAUUCAAG